AUGCUGAUUAAAGUGAAGACAGUGACCAGGAAGGAGAUUGAAAUCAAAAUUGAACCCACAGACCAAGUAGAUAGUUUUAAAGAGCGUGUGGAGGAACAAGAGGGGAUUCCCCUGCAACAGCAAUGCCUCAUCUACAGUGGGAAACAGAUGAACCACGAGAAAAUAGCAGUGGACGACGAGGUACAAAAAGAAUCUGUUCUCCACCUGGACCUGGCCUUGAGAGGACGAAGUCGAUGA